CUCCAACCUUCAAGCUUCAACGACCGUCAGCUAGAUUACGUCAAUUGCAACGGCGGCCCAUGGUCGCUACACACGGGCUCUGAAGCCGACACCACGCAUUGGAAGAGGUAUAAGAACGAUUCGCAGAUUGGAGUCAUUGUAUCGUUAUGUGGAACCCCUUCCGCCCCAAACCAGCCCCGCCUGGUUUUGGUAGUGGAAAGCAGAUCCCAGAGAGAAAAGCCUUCUUUCUCUCCCAGAUUUUCUUUAUCUGGUUAGAUCCUCUUCUCAAAGUAGGGUUUUCUAGGCCUCUUGAACAGGAAGAUUUAUGGGAGCUCCCGCCCGACCGACUGACUACAGCUUUGACUGACCAAGUCGAGGCAGCUUUUUAUGCUCGAUGUCCUCCUGAACAACGUCCCCUCGCUUUCCGGGGCAAAACGCUAGAUUCUGAUAGCGAUAAGGGUGUUAAGGAGGAGGAGAUAACCGAGGAAUCGACUCACGACGGUAAAUAUGAUGCUUCUGUUACCAAGGCUCUUUACAGCGUCUUCUUCGGGAGGUGGUGGUUUGCUGGAUUAUUGCAGCUUUGUGGAGAUACCCUGAAGACAACGACACCGCUGGUCAACAAAGUCCUGUUGACUUGGUUGACCGAGUCGUACGUCUUUUAUAGAACGACGGAGGAGGAACGUACUGCCUUUGGGAUCAGCGCACAACCUCGAGGCGUCGGGUUCGGUGUCGGUUUAGCCUUCGCCAUUUUUGCCAUGCAAGAGGUCGCUAGUCUGUUCACGAAUCACCAGCAACAAAUUGCGAUGAGCAUAGGACUGUACACGCGAGCAAGUAUGAUAGGAACGAUGUUCCGCAAGUCGCUUAGACUUUCCGGAAAAUCCAGAGCGGAACACACCACUGGUAAAAUUAUGACUAUGAUUUCUACGGACGCGACUCGCCUUGAUCAUUUCGCAAUUUAUGGACAUUCGUUAUGGAUAGCUCCGAUACAAAUUAUAAUUGGGAUAGCCUUGCUCAUAGCGAACCUGGGAUAUUCCGCACUUGUGGGCCUCGGUGUACUCAUAUUCGGAAUGCCGAUUCAAGGUAUCUUCGCCUAUAUCAUGAUGCAACAACGGCAGAAAGGUGUCAAAAUUACGGACGCACGAGUGAGACUAACGACAGAGGUCCUCCAGGGCAUUCGUCUACUCAAGUUCUACGGUUGGGAAGACUUCUAUGUCAAUCAAAUAUCUAAGUUGCGGAAAGGCGAACUAGACACUAUCCGGAAGUCGGCCAUAGCACAGUCAGGUCUAGUGGCUUGCAUUUCUUUUAUCCCUCUAGUCGCUUCGAUACUCUCAUUUAUCACAUAUUCACUGUCUGGACACGACCUUAACGUAGCGACUAUUUUCACGGCCUUACAAUUCUUCAAUAUCAUUCGAACACCUUUGAUCAUGCUUCCUCUCAUUCUUUCUGGCCUUGCUGAAUUCAUAGUCGCUGUACAACGCAUAAGCGCAUUCCUGACUGCAGAAGAACUAGCAGAACCACCUACCGUUGAUUAUGAGUCUAAAGACGCUAUCCGAGUCGAGAACGCCAACUUUACGUGGGAUGCGGUCGUGGGGCUGGAAGAAAAACUCGACAAAAAAGAUAAGGAAAAAGAGUCAAAAUCGGCCAAAACAGACAAAAAGAAAGCGAAGAAAAGUCGGAAAGCGAAGGGAAAUGAUGCGGAGGAGUCUUCCGGACUACCUACAACGACAGACAAUAUUACGGCUUCGGAUGCCCUUCAAGGUGAUGCACACGCACAGGAGCCAUUCCAGCUUAAGAAUAUCAACAUGUCCGUUCCCAAGGGUAGUUUUGUUGCCAUCGUUGGUCAAAUUGGAUCCGGAAAGAGUUCUAUACUCAAUGCAUUGAUAGGAGAGAUGAAGAAAACAAAGGGGCAAGUUACAUUUGGAGGAACAGUCGCAUACGUUUCUCAAACACCUUGGAUCAAGAACGCGACUGUCCGAGAAAACAUUACUGACGGGACCGUCGAUGAGACCAGAUUGAAUCAUAUCAUCAAGGCGUGUAGUUUGGAACGUGACAUCGACUCUUUACCUCGGGGCUUGGAUACAGAUAUCGGCGAGAAGGGGAUCAACUUGAGCGGUGGCCAGAAGGCUCGAGUGUCCUUGGCUCGUACUGCGUAUGCUCAGUCAGACAUCGUCCUGCUCGACGAUCCAUUAUCUGCAGUCGAUUCAUAUGUUGGCAAAGAAUUACUCGAAAACUGUCUCCUCAACGGGCCAUUAGCAAAUCGUACCAGGGUUCUCGUUACGCAUGCCCUCCACGUACUGGACAAGACCGAUUACAUUUACGUCGUGGAAGAAGGCAUUCUCGUAGAAGAGGGUUCCUACCAGCACUUGCUCGAUAACGGUCCCAUAUUUUCUCGCUUGAUAAACGAGUACGGCCAACAAGACAGCGCUGGUACAAAGACUGGGAGGGUGAAACAAACGACGCUUGAUACAAUUCUAAAGGACCCUAAGGACAAUAAGCUUGCGGAAGCGUUAAUGCAAGAAGAAGAGCGAAUGACGGGGAGUGUAACUUGGGCUACUUAUACUCGAUACAUACGACACGCCGGUAGUAUCCUCUGGGCACCAAUCAUUCUCGCCUUGUUGGCUCUGUCCCAGGCUUCGGAAGUGGGAAACAAUUUGACUCUGGGCUUCUGGACGUCGAUGAGUAUCAAGGGCUUCGACAACGGACAAUAUAUGGGACUUUACUCCGGUUUCGGCGCCGGUCAAGCUGUGUUCACUUUCAUCGUCAGCUAUAUCGUAGCUAUCCAGGGGGUCAACGCAAGCUACAGUAUGUUUACCAAAGCUCUCAGAAAUGUACUCAGAUCACCGGUCUCGUUCUUUGAUACCACACCGAUGGGACGAAUAUUAAGUCGACUUUCCAAGGAUCAAGAUACCUUGGACACGGCACUUCCGAUGAAUCUGAUGACGUUUCUCUUCAUCGUGGCCGCCGUCUUCGGCACUGUGGGACUGGUAUUUUACACCAUUCCGCUGCUAGGGAUUAUGUUUGCACCCACCAUUGUCGUUUAUUAUGUCAUGUCCGUCUUCUAUCGUCGUACCUCGGUGGAAAUCAAACGCUUGGAUUCGCUCGCUCGUUCGGCGUUUUACAGUUCCUACUCUGAAACUCUGACCGGCCUUGCUACUGUCCGAGCCUACAAACAUCAGGCUAAAGCUCUCAAAGAUGCGGAGCAAAAACUUGAUCGGGAAAACCGGGCGUACUACCUGACUGUCACCAUGCAGAGAUGGCUGGCAGUCCGGCUUGAUGUUUUCAGCAAUAUUUUACUUUUGGGAAUCGCACUAGGAGCAUCCGAUAAUAGGACAACCUUGAACCCUGCAAAAGUCGGAGUUGUACUCACGUAUGCCUUGAGCAUUACCGAAAUUUUUUCCCACAUGAUAACGACUUUUGCUUCCAAUGAACAAAACAUGAACGCUGCGGAACGGUUACUUGUCUACACAACGUUGCCAUCGGAAAAGGACGAGAAGGAGAUCGAGCCUCCGGCUUCUUGGCCAUCCAAAGGCAGUAUUACCUUCGUGAAUGUGGACUUUAUGUACCGGGAUGGCCUGCCUUUGGUAUUGAAGAACGUUAGCUUCCACAUCAGAAGCGGCGAGAAGAUUGGAGUUGUCGGACGAACAGGAGCCGGGAAAAGCUCCAUCAUACAAGCACUAUUCAGGAUAUCUGAGGUUAAAGGAGGAUCUAUCGAAGUGGACGGUGUAAAUAUUAACUCUGUCAGCCUACAACGACUUCGGACGGGGAUGGCUUUGGUUCCUCAGGACACAACAUUGUUUCUGGGUAGCUUGCGAGAAAACCUGGAUCCGCUGCAUACACGAACAGAUGCCGAACUUAUCUCCGCCAUGAGAAGGUCAUGGUUAUUGCCCUCGGAUAGAAGUGGUGAUCAAGCUGGAGAUACAAGAUUUACUUUGGACUCGACUGUCGGUGAUGAAGGAACUAAUUUCAGCGCCGGAGAAAAGCAGCUAAUUGCACUCUGUCGAGCCCUUGUUCGCCAAAGUAACAUCCUUGUUCUGGACGAAGCAACCAGCAGUGUCGACGUAGAGACGGACACAAAGUUGCAACAGACCAUCCAGAACGAAUUUGCGAGCUCUACAAUUCUAUGUGUAGCUCAUCGGCUGAACACGAUAGCACAUUACGAUCGAGUAUUGGUCGUGGACGACGGGAAGGUAGCAGAAUUUGACAAAGUGCUCACCCUGUUCGAUAACGAAGGCUCGAUAUUCCGCUCUCUAUGCGAUGAAGCAAACCUUGGAAGGGAGGAUAUAGUUAGGAUUCGUGAAGCUCAUUCCCAACAUCACUCACAUACUAGCUAAGACCCGAUUCAGCCUUAAAAUUUAACCACUCACAAGAUAACGAGGUAACAUUAAUUAUUCUAAGUUAUGUAAUGGAUAAUCGAUAAAUCCCCAUUCACGUACGCUUCACCGACAA